AUGGUAGCUGGUCUUGAUUAUACUCGUUUUUUAAGUGAAUCAGCUUUACGUCGACAGCCAAAUGCAAUUCGUGAAGCUGGUCAAUUAUUUUUACGAUCAUCACCAUCAACUAUCAGUUUUGCAGCAGGAAACCCAAAUAAAUCGUCGUUUCCAUUUAAAGAAGCAAUUAUAUCUCUCAUAGACGGUACAACUAUUCAAUUAGAUGCUUCUGCAAUGGCUGAAGCAUUACAAUAUUCAUCUACACCUGGGUAUCUAUUUAUUUCUAAUUCUAACUGUGAUUCAUUAGUUUUCAUGUUUUUUUUCAUCAGUCAAGCAGAUUUAUUAGAAUGGUUAAAAAAGCUGCAAAUUCGUUAUCAUUCUCCAACAGAUUUUAAUCGAUAUGAUUUAUGUAUAACGAAUGGUUCCAGUGAAGGAUUAAGCAAAGUUUUUGAACUUAUUCUUAAUCCGGGAGAUGCAAUUUUAAUUGAUUCGCCUUGCUAUCCAGGAUCUAUAGAUUUCCUUCUUGCAUAUGGUGCUGAUAUCAUUUCUAUAGAGACAGAUUCAAACGGUAUGAAUGCUGAGCAUUUAAAUGAAAUUCUUUCAAAUUGGCCAAAAUCAAAAGGUUUACCUAAAACUCUUUAUACGAUUCCAACUGGUUCUAAUCCGACGGGAACAUCCAUGAGUUUCGAACGUAAAAUAAAUAUUUAUGAUAUUGCUAGAAAAUAUAAUCUAUUAAUUAUUGAAGAUGAUCCUUAUUAUUUUCUUCAAUUUACGAAACCAGAACCAUCGUUCUUAUCAAUUGAUACUGAUGGACGUGUUAUCAGACUUGAUUCUAUGUCGAAAAUUUUAUCACCUGGAAUGCGUCUUGGUUUUGUUACUGCACCGAUACCAUUAUGGCAAAAAAUAGUCUAUCAUCAACAAGUAACGAGCAUGCAUGCAAGUGCUAUUUCACAAAUGAUACUAUUAAAAUUAUUUGAAAAAUGGAAUUUAUCAGGAUUUGAUGAACAUUUACAAAGUAUUAUGAAAUUUUAUGAAAAUCGAAAAAUUCUUAUGAUCGAUGCUAUUAAUAAAUAUUUGAAAGGUAAAGUUACUUGA